AUGUAUGGCUUAGUAAAUUCUAAAUUCAGCAGAACUUACAAUCCCAGUGGAAGACAAAAUGCUCUGUCUGAUAUAAAAAGGUUACUAACUUCUAGAGAUGUUGAUGCUCAAAACAAAGCUUGUGGUUAUUUAAUUGAAGUCUUAAGCAGAUAUAAAGAAAAUUCAGACGAAAGGGCACGUGUUGUCGAAUAUUUGCUGAACAAUGAUAUUAUAGUUUUUCUUUGUGAAGCUACGUCUAACUUAGAUUUUUCUUUAUUUAGGUCUAUUCUGACAUGUACGCGAUUGCUUUGGCGCGGAAGGCGCUUUUUCGAGGAAGAACACGCCGCGCACGCAAUGUCGGCGGUGCUUAGAGCACUGGCUCACUACGCCGCUAUCAAUUCUAAUGCGGCAAUUGAUGUCUGCUUGCAUUUUCUUUGUGAUUUGCUUAAUGGUAUUAGUCUACACGAGAGUGCAUCGCCGUUGUCACAUCAGAGCGCUUACAGCGUAGAACAACUACUGGCUUGUCUAAACGCUCUAACGCAAUGUUUUAAUAAAAACCCAAAUAGCAUCCUCUGCAGUGCUUUAGUAAUUCAUGCUUUAAUAUCGUAUCAACCACCGAACUUAGUGAUUAGAGCUUGUACAGCUACUGCGUUAGUCCAGGUGUUGAAUCCAUGGUUGGAACUACUUGUAGGUGCGUUAAACCACACAGUCCUUGUAGACGACAACGGAAUGUUGGGAAUGUUGCUCGUAGUGACGUCACAGAUUGGAAUGAAUGUUCUCAGGUUAGAAAAAUUGUUAGGUCAAGCCAACCAACGUACAGACUUCAUUCAAAGCAUAUUAACUGACGACCAAGAAACAAAUACUUUAAAGGAAUCCGCUUCGGAGAUGAAAACUUGUACACUGCGCAUGGCAUCAGAGUUAAUUGUUUUUGUAAAGGAUUAUCAAGAUCAAAUCAGUACAGAGGAAUACAGCUUGUUCUUAAAGUUUCUGCUCAAUUUCCUUCACUAUAACACAAACUCUUACAUCCUGUCGGAAUUCUGUGACGUCCUCUUUGCUAAAGGAUAUCUAACAAUGCUGCCGAAAUGUCAUAUAAGAAGAAACGAUUCAACUGUUCGUAAAUUAAGCACAUUAAUUUUGGGGGAAAUACUUAUAGGACUAGCUAAGAAAUAUCUAGUGAAUGAAACAGAGGAUAACGAAAUGUGUGCCAAACAAAUCCAUUAUGGUUUAGUGGAGUUGCAAUACGGAAUGGAAAGGCCUCAAAACAUCGGGGAGCAAUUACAAAAGAGCCAGCCUUACAGCUUACUCAUUUACAUAUACUUUUACUGUCAAUCUUCAGACAAUCCAGAAGAAGCCACCGCUCCUUUACUGCCGUUUUUAGUCGAAUACGUGCUGUGUCUGCCUAAAUCCAUUAAGCCACCUUUAUACAUUAUUAAAGCACUGUGGCUUGUUUUUGCAAUGUCUACAAUAUCAAAUGGUUCUCUGCAAUCGUUAGAAGAGAGAGUUUACCUAGAGAAGGCUACGGAUCGCCUAAUAUCGUUAUUACAUCCAGAACCUUACAUAUUAUACACACAUAAUCCUGCUAUCUUGUUAUGGGUGUUCUCAUCACAUAGGAUACCUCAUUACGUGCGGUCACAAGUUUUAUCACAAUGGCUCAAAACAGAAGAUACAUUGCCCGACGAUUUGGCAAAGGAAUUCGAGGUCUGGGAGCUUUUGCUCAACAUUCUCAUUAAAUGCACGGAAAAUAUAAUCAUUCAUAAUUGUAUGGAGAUGCUCAAGUUGUGCUUAGCAGAAGCGGAAUAUGAAUCAAAACAGGUCUUUGCUACUACCAUUUGGUCGAAGUUGCCAGAAGUUCUGUCCAAAGCGUUGAUUGACUAUAAUUUUGAAAUUGGAACAAAUAUAUGUUAUUUGAUGGAUAUUGCUACAAAUCUAUUACCCACUGAAUUAGACCAGACUAUUUGUCUCAAAACAGCAGUUGUAUUAACGGUACUUUUUUCAAAAAGCAAUCUGGAAGCCACGUAUGAAUCAAUUGAAACAAAAAAUCAUUAUGAGUACGUGUGUUUAAAAUUGAGCCUCGUUUUAUUGCACUUAGCUCAUGACAAAAACGACAAUAAAGUGUUAUUGACAUAUACAAAUCGCGAAGGGUUUCUACGUGGUGUCCUAUUAGCCACAGACCACGUGGACGAUCGCGUCGCGUGCGCCGCUUUGCAACUACUCUCUUACGUAGUGCGUUACUUCGCUAGGAACAACUAUCAGGCAAAAACAAUACUGCAAGUUCAAACGGAGUUGGUGAUAAAAUCACUACGUAAAGACAGUACAAGCGAACGUGGUGUCCUACUUUUAAAUUUUAUAUACAGAAUAUUGGAUUCAGGUGUAAAUACACCGUUUGCUUUUUCCGAUGACGUCAAAUUUAUACCUUCAGAAUCACAGCAGUGUGUUGCCUUACGAGCUCUGAUGUUUAGGAUACAACUUACGCUAUGUUGUAAGGAUACUGAAAAUCAAUCGGCAGCUGGGUGGAAAACUUUAAGUUCCAUUUUCAAACACGCAGUCGUGUACAAAAAGGAUUCAAAGUUAGUCGCAAUUCUCGCAUCCCAACCAUGGACGCACACACUCAUAAGGUUUCAACUCUCCCAGAACGUGACAAAAGAAUUCCUAGCCUUCGCACACGAUUGGUUAAAACUCCUGGAAAUUAUAAUACGGAGGAGCCAAGAAGGGCGGAAACGUUACAUGUCUAAAUACAAUCCUGUAACUAAAACACUGAUAUUAAUUAAAAAUAAUUUGGAAGUUGAAGAUGAGUCGAAGGAGUUAAAACAGGAGAUCAUUCAGAUAAUUGAUAAUAUAGCAGAGGAGUCGAGUAUUAAAUUGAAGUAA